GAACUCAAGCUGUAGCUAAAACCCUUUUGGCACCUGCAGUUACUCAUCAAACUCAAAAUUCCCAAAUGCCUUGAAAAUCAUGACACCGAAAUAUGUGUCUUACAACAAGAAAAGAGCAUUCCCUGUUCGGAACUUUCUUGGGAAGAGAAAACCUAUGGCUUGGGAGUAAGUCAAUAAAGGGGAUGAUUAUCAACAACUCUUAACAAAAGUUGAUAUUCUUGUAUGCCAAAGAUAAAAAGACACGGGAGAUUGAAGAAGUCACGACAAUCCAACAUAAAAACAACUUGCAGCUUUUGCAGCAAGAAGAAAUUUUAGUGAGAAUACCGCCAGAAGAGGUAUCUUCAAGCUAGCGACAAUGAACCCACUAUCUGCUCCUCAUCAUCAAGAAGACUAUAAAUUGAAAGACACAAAGCCACAGCUUGGAGAACGAUGGCCACAUGGAGGGAUACGCGGUGCAGGCGGUUGGAUAAGCAGUGAAAGAGCUACAAGCACUUAUGAUCUUGUUGAACAGAUGUUUUAUCUGUAUGUUCGAGUUGAGAAAGCCAAAGAUCUUCCUACAAACCCUCUGACCGGGAACUGUGAUCCUUACGUUGAAGUGAAAGUUGGAAAUUACAAAGGGAAAACAAAGCACUUCGAGAAGAAAACAAACCCUGAAUGGAAAGAGGUUUUUGCAUUCUCCAAGGACAAGAUUCAGUCGUCAGUUCUUGAGGUAUUUGUCAGGGACAGAGAGAUGGUGGCCAGAGAUGAGUACAUAGGGAGGGUGUUAUUUGACAUGCAUGAAGUGCCUACAAGGGUUCCACCAGAUAGCCCUUUGGCACCACAAUGGUACAGACUAGAAAACCGUCGAGGUGAUAGCAAGGUGAAAGGAGAGAUUAUGCUUGCAGUUUGGAUGGGGACACAAGCUGAUGAAGCUUUCCCUGAGGCAUGGCACUCAGAUGCUGCCACAGUUCAUGGAGAGGGUGUUUUCAAUACCCGAUCAAAAGUUUACGUUUCACCCAAAUUGUGGUAUCUCAGAGUUAACGUGAUUGAAGCUCAGGAUGUAGAGCCACAUGACAGAAGCCAAUUACCACAAGCUUUUGUGAAGGCUCAACUUGGAAACCAGAUACUCAAAACCAAGUUAUGUCCAACCCGAACGACUAACCCUCUCUGGAACGAGGAUCUGAUCUUUGUUGCAGCUGAACCAUUUGAAGAAGAGUUGGUACUUACAAUUGAAAAUAAAGUGACACCUGCAAAAGAUGAAAUUAUGGGAAAGAUACGUAUACCACUCAACAAAUUUGAGAGGCGCUUGGAUCACCGCCCGGUUCAUUCCAAAUGGUUCAAUCUCGAAAAAUUUGGGUUUGGUGUCAUAGAAGGAGAUAAAAGGCAUGAACUCAAGUUCUCCAGCAGGAUUCAUCUGAGAGCCUGCCUUGAGGGUGCUUAUCAUGUUCUAGAUGAAUCAACAAUGUAUAUAAGCGACCAACGCCCCACUGCUAGGCAGCUAUGGAAGCAGCCAAUCGGGAUCCUCGAAGUAGGUAUCUUGAGCGCUCAAGGGCUCCUCCCAAUGAAACAGAGGGAUGGUAGGGGAACCACAGAUGCCUAUUGUGUUGCUAAAUAUGGCCUGAAGUGGGUGCGAACCAGAACAUUCCUUGAAAGCUUCAACCCAAAAUGGAACGAGCAGUACACUUGGGAGGUUUACGACCCUUGCACAGUGAUCACGCUGGGGGUAUUCGACAACUGUCACUUGGGUGGAAAUGAAAAACCAGCAUCGGGCAGUGGAGCAAAACUUGAUUCAAGAAUUGGGAAGGUUAGAAUCCGGCUAUCAACCCUAGAAACAGAUAGGAUUUACACACACUCCUAUCCACUCCUUGUUCUAAGUCCAUCAGGGGUGAAGAAAAUGGGGGAACUCCAAUUAGCAGUUAGAUUUACCUGCUUAUCUCUAGCAAGUAUGAUCUACCUCUACGGACACCCAUUAUUGCCAAAAAUGCAUUAUCUGCAUCCUUUCACCGUUAACCAGUUAGAUAGCCUGAGAUAUCAGGCCAUGAAUAUAGUAGCUGUGAGGCUUGGCCGGGCUGAGCCACCGCUAAGGAAAGAGGUAGUAGAGUAUAUGCUGGAUGUAGAUUCUCAUAUGUGGAGCAUGAGAAGAAGCAAAGCUAACUUCUUCAGAAUUGUAUCACUAUUUUCGGGUGUAAUCUCUAUGAGCAAGUGGCUUGGUGAAGUGCGUUACUGGAAGAACCCAGUAACUACAAUCCUUGUUCAUGUUCUAUUUUUCAUAUUGAUUUGCUAUCCGGAAUUAAUCCUCCCAACAAUUUUCCUAUACAUGUUCCUGAUCGGAAUAUGGAAUUACCGAUUCCGUCCAAGGCAUCCUCCUCAUAUGGAUACAAAACUUUCAUGGGCAGAAGCGGUUCACCCAGAUGAACUAGAUGAAGAAUUUGAUACUUUUCCUACUUCUAAGCAGCAAGACGUUGUGCGUAUGAGGUAUGAUAGACUGAGAAGUGUGGCAGGAAGGAUACAGACAGUAGUAGGAGACAUGGCGACACAAGGGGAGAGGUUUCAGGCACUGCUGAGCUGGAGAGACCCAAGAGCAAGCAGCCUCUUUGUAAUUUUCUGCCUCAUUGCGGCAGUAGUGCUGUAUGUGACACCCUUCAAAAUAGUUGCUUUGGUUGCGGGCUUGAUUUGGCUACGACAUCCUAGAUUUCGAAGUAAGCAUCCCUCCAUACCAAGCAAUUUCUUCAGGAGAUUACCAUCUCGUGCUGACAGCAUGCUUUGAAAGAAGACUCUA